AUGUUGUUUUUCUUCUUUUCUCUGUCUUUAAUUUUCCUGCAGGCAUUUGGUCAGGCAUACACCAACCAGCGUAAAGUAGCCGAGGAUGGGGAGACAAAUGAAGAGACGCUGCUGCAGGAGUCAGCCUCUAAAGAAGCCUAUUACAUGGGACGUCUGGAUGACCUUCAAUCCCAGCUCAAAGUGAGCAGCUCCGCAGCCUCCAACGCCCAAGCAGAGACCGAACACCUCAACGCCCUAAUGCAGGAACUCAGAGAGAACAAUGAGACGUUAGAGCUGCAGAGGAGCCGGAUGAGAGAGGAGAUCAGAGAGUAUAAGUUCAGAGAGGCCAGACUUCUGCAGGACUACACUGAGCUGGAGGAGGAGAACAUCACUUUACAGAAACUGGUGUCAACACUCAAACAGAAUCAGGUGGAAUAUGAGGGUCUAAAGCAUGAAAUCAAAGUGCUUGAAGAAGAAACGGUGCUGCUCAACAGUCAAUUAGAAGAUGCUUUACGGUUAAAAGACAUUUCCCAAGGCCAGUUGGAGGAAGCGUUGGAUUCUCUGAAGAGCGAACGAGAGCAGAAGAACAAUCUGAGAAAAGAGCUGGCUCAUCAUCUCAGCCUGACUGACAGUGUUUAUGGAGCCAGCACUCACCUGGCCAUCUCUGCCGUGGAGGGUCUGAAGUUUGCAGAGGAGGCUGCGACCAAUGGCACGUCUGCUUCCGGGACCAGUCCUAACAACGAGGACAGCAACCGGUGUAAUAAUGAGUGUAAUGGACAUGGACCAAAAGGAGAAUACCAUCGCAGGAAGACAGAGAUGCUCCCGGUGUCUGAUCUCUUCAGUGAACUCAACCUGUCUGAGAUACAGAAACUCAAGCAGCAGCUCAUACAGGUUGAGCGAGAGAAAGCAAUUCUACUUACCAACCUGCAGGAGUCUCAAACUCAACUGCAGCACACGCAGGGUGCUUUAACUGAGCAGCACAGACGUGUUCACCGCCUUACGGAACGUGUUAAUGCUAUGAAACGCCUCCACAAUGACAAGGAGUUUGACACAGAAGAGUCCGAGAAGGGCGACGGUCCUAUUAACGGUUGCUGUGAGUUUGAAACAGACAUCAAUGGAAUAGAGCUUCUAGAGUGCAAAUACAGAGUUGCCGUGACUGAGGUCAUUGACUUGAAGGCGGAGCUUAAGGUGUUGAAGGAAAAGUAUAACCAGUCUUUGGAGAGCCAAUCAGAAGAGAGCAACCACAGCGAAGGGAAGGUCCAGGCGCUUGAAGAACAGGUGAAACAACUGGAGAAAAGCUGUCGUGAGGCACGUGAGCGGGUCAGCAGUCUGGAAGCUGAGCUUCGGUGUGCUUCUGGAAUGGCCAGCGAAAGUAACGGCAUGCUGAAUGCAGCUCAAGAUGAGCUGGUUACAUUUAGCGAGGAACUUGCUCAGCUCUACCACCACGUCUGCUUGUGCAACAAUGAAACGCCAAAUCGUGUCAUGCUGGACUACUACCGUCAGAGUCGGGUCACACGUAGUGGCAGUCUCAAAGGCCCAGAAGACCCACGAGCCCUGCUUUCUCCACGUUUAGCUCGGCGUCUUGCAGCUGUGAACUCCUCAGACAUGUCCAAGAGUCCUCAAGACUCUCCUUCGAAGGAACCCCUUGGAGACGGAAUUAAAGGGGAAGGAGGAAGUCCCAAUAGAACCCCAUUUGGCUCACCAAUCAAUGGUUCAUCUCUCUCAUCCUCCACAAUUCCAGAGACAGGUGAUCUCCGCAGGGAGCCCAUGAACAUCUAUAACCUCAACGCCAUCAUCCGUGACCAAAUCAAGCACCUGCAGAAGGCUGUAGACCGCUCUCUCCAGUUGUCCAGGCAGAGGGCUGCUGCUAGAGAGUUGGCGCCUAUCCUCGAUAAGGACAAGGAGGCCUGCAUGGAGGAGAUCCUGAAACUCAAAUCGCUCCUGAGCACCAAAAGAGAGCAGAUCGCCACCUUACGUCUUGUCCUAAAAGCCAACAAACAGACUGCUGAGGUGGCCCUGGCAAACCUCAAGAGCAAGUAUGAAAAUGAGAAAUGCAUGGUGACGGAGACAAUGAUGAAGCUUAGGAAUGAACUCAAGGCUCUCAAAGAAGACGCAGCCACCUUUUCCUCACUGAGGGCAAUGUUUGCAACAAGAUGUGAUGAGUAUGUAACUCAACUAGAUGAGAUGCAGAGGCAGCUGGCUGCCGCAGAAGAUGAAAAGAAGACUCUGAACUCCCUCCUGCGAAUGGCCAUUCAGCAGAAACUGGCCCUCACGCAGCGCCUGGAGGACCUGGAGUUUGACCACGAGCAGUCGCACUGUGGCCGUGGAGGGAAAGUGCCAAAAAUUAAGAGCAGCCCUCAAAAAGUAAGUCAUGGAACUGCACUCACUGCUCCCCCUAGUCCCACUGCGUCCAAACCCCCUUCCUUUCCGUUCCAAAACAAUGUGGUUGCAUCAGCUAGUAGCUCUCCUUCACUGGAUGUACCUACUCCAUCCUCGUCCCUCUGGACCUCCUCAACCCAACCGUUUUUCCUUGGCCAGUCGCAGUGGAACCUGGGCACUCAGACUUUAGUGUUAGACCCAGAGACGUUAAGUAUUGAGUUUUGUCAAGUUGUUCAUAGCAGGGACUCUGACGCUCAUGUUGCCAGGUCUGCUCCCACUUCUCCCUAUCUGGGUGCUCGGCAGCAGUCACAGCGCUCCAUGAGAUCGCGCAUACGCUCCGAUCUGAUUCAGUUCAAAACUGCAAGAAACUCUAGAAUCCCGAGUGCUGACCCUGAGUAGGUGACAAGGUUUGAGGACAGACUGGUUUCCAUACGAAGUGACUGUUUGGAGUGUAUGAUUCAACUCAGGGAUAGAUUUAUAGACAUUUUUAUUUGAUACUAUUUAAAAUGUCCAUAAUUCAGUAAUCAAUUAUUUUAAUGAUACUUUCUGCCAAUUCUGCCUGUACAAAAUCAAUUUUAUAUAAGCUUCACAUUAAAAGCACAUGUGGAACACGAGUGAAACACACAUGAAACAUGUGGCUUUGUGUAUGUAAAAUAAUAUAUAAUCAUUUUGAUUGAUUUCUACACAUUUUACGAUAUUGUUAAGAUUGUUAUGAUUUUGGACCAUUCUCAUUUGAGGAAAAAAAUGUGAUCACUUUAAAAACCACAUACCAAAACCACGUUUCUUGUGUUUCCCGUGUUUCAAAUGAGUAACAAAUGAGUAACAGGUUUUUCUGUAAGGUCAGUAUAUGUGGGCCGUGUGGCUUUGUGAGAUGGUAUUUAUUAAAUAGUGUCUGAGUAUAAAGAUAAUAUUAAAUAAAAAGAUUGCAUAUA